AUGGCGAAUGCAGAUGAAGUAAAGGCAUUCGAUGAGUCCAUCGAUGCUAUUGAUACCCCAACAGAUGAUCUGGCAUCUGAAGAUGAGCCUGACAUGUUCGCUCCCGUGCUUGCAAGCAUUGAUCUCCAGCAACUAUCAAGGGCCGCCUCCCAAGUUCGACCCGCCUUCGCAGAUCAGCUUCCCUCCGUUGGGGCUCCUAUUCGAGGUUCAUUCAACAUUCUUUUCCCAUUGCACUUCGAAGAUGGAAUGCGCUGGCUCGCGAAAGUUCCUGUCAACGGAGUUGCAGGAAAAUGGGACCAGCUGUCUGCCGAUGCGAUGAUCUCCGAAGUAAAUACCAUGCGUUUGCUGAACCGAGAGACGACCAUCCCGCUUCCCGAGGUAUUCGGAUUCUCUUCAACAACGGAUAAUGACGUCAAAUGCCCAUACAUUCUCCUGUCAUUCAUAUCUAGCAUGUCCUUGUAUGAUGUCUGGUUUGGACAUCACUUGAGCGGUGUUGACAUGGAGACGACCCAUGCGCGUCGCGUACGGGCACUGAGUGAUAUCGGUGCAGCGAUGUCUCAGCUGGGCAAAUUCUCCUUCGACUCUUCUGGGUUUGUCAAAUUUGACGAAGAGGGCAAUCCUUCCGGUGUUGGUCGUUCGCGGUGCCUCGACCAUCAACAGAUGCUCGAUCGAUGGCAAAUACACGAGGAUGACAGCGAGGACCCUAUCUACGUCGAGGUACCGGCUUUUGAAGAUCCUCAGCAGCAAUACAACUUCUUUCUAGACUUGCACCCCCGCACAAAGCCCUUUGCAAGAGGAGUCAGUUUGCUGCUGAAAGAACUAAUCAAGUGCAUCCCGGAGCCGAUAAAUGAUAAACCAUUUGUGUUGGCGCACCCUGACUUUGACAUACAGAAUUUCCUUGUCUCCGAGGAUGGCCAGCUGCUGGGCAUCAUUGACUGGGAUGGUGUGUGUUGUUCUGCCAGGAGCUAUGGAAAUGAAGCCUAUCCCGGUUGGCUUACAAGAGAUUGGGACCCGUCGAUGUACGGCUACCAUGAGUCCAUGGACGAGGGCGAGGAGCCGGUUGGCUGUUGGGAGGACUCGCCUGAGGCCCUUCAACGCUAUCGGAUUGUUUAUGAUGAGAUUAUGUCCAAGUUUCGUGAGAAGGAUGCUGGCAUCAGCCUCACCAGAAUUUCUUUGAUCACAGAAAGUCUCAUCAUUGCCGCGGGGGACCCGAUGUGCAGGCACGGUAUUAUCCACAAAAUCAUUGACGAAAUCUCAAUGGUGUUGGAACUGGCAGAAUCGUUGAAUUUCACCGACCUGGCAGAAGCAUUCGCGGAAGAUUCAGUUGGUGAAGAGGUCCGGGACACCUUGGAGCGCGGAAUGAAGAAGUUAUUCCAAGAUGCUCUGUAG